CUCAGUCAGUCAAGGAGAAUGUCUCGCGGUCUGACGUAGAUUUCAUACAGUUUGGUCGCCGUGGCGCAACGGCGUGGUUCUAAAUUCAAAAUACAUGUUCCUUCAACAUUUUUAAGUUGAUUUUCUAGUUUGUAUUGAAACAAAAUGGCGGUUGUGUUGUGUUUGUUGUUAAUUUUUGCUUUAAUGGCGCCGAGUUUGGACGGCCAGAUAUUGGGCGGGCCGAUGCAUGGAAAAGCGGUGGUCUGCUACGUCGCGAGCUGGGCAGCCUACAGACCCAACGAUGGGCAGUUCACCCUGGAUAACCUGCAACCAGCGCUCUGCACCCAUUUGGUGUACUCGUUCGCCGGACUCAACGAAACCACAUUCACAAUUAAAAGCUUGGACCCAUGGCAAGAUUUAGAAAAGGAUUACGGCAAGGCCGGCUACAAACGUAUCGUGGCUUUGAAGGAGCGCUACCCUCAUUUGAAGGUGACCAUAGCUAUAGGAGGCUGGAAUGAGGGUUCGGAACGCUAUUCCAAAAUGGCAUCCAGCCCAGAAACGAGAAAAGCUUUUAUAAACAGCGUCAUGAUUUUUUUGAAUCAGUACAAGUUCGACGGCUUGGACCUUGAUUGGGAGUAUCCGAGCAAGAGGGGCGGAAAGCCAGACGAUAAGGCGAACUAUGUAUCCCUUGUUAAGGAACUCAAAGAAGCUUUCGAGCCCAAAAGCUUGAUACUAACAGCAGCCCUUGGAGCUGGCAAGGAGACGAUGGAGUCAGCUUAUGACCUGAGCAAACUGAGUCGCUAUUUAGAUUUGAUUCAUAUGAUGUGCUACGAUUACCACGGAACCUGGGACGGAGUGGUCGGUCCGAACGCUCCAUUGAGGGGACUGGAUAAUGAAGACGUUCUAAGCGUGGAGUAUACAGUCAAAUACAUGAUCUCUCAAGGCGUGUCACCCUACAAGUUGGUCCUUGGACUCCCAAUGUACGGGCGCACGUUCGUGCUCAAUGACGCUUCAACGAAACGUCUUCAGUUCGGCGUCACUCCCGUGGAGAGUGCAGGAUUCAAAGGACCUUAUACAAGAGAAGCUGGUUUCAUGGGAUACAAUGAGAUCUGCGCAGAGGUUUCGAAUAAAUCAUCGCCGUGGGAGUACCACUGGCACGAGGGGAGCGCCACAGCAUACCUACGUGAUGGAGCCAGAGUCAUCUCCUACGAUGAUCCCAGAGCUAUAGCAGCUAAAGUGAAGUUCGCCGUAGACAAUAACUUAGGCGGUCUCAUGGUCUGGAGUAUAGACACGGACGACUUCAGAGGUCACUGCGGAAUCGACGACAGGACCUUCAAGGACUUCACAGACCGCUACAACAGGAUGGUCAACGAUCCCUUACUUAAGGAGGCUUUGAAAACCUUGAAACUGGGCGACGAGGCCCGGAACCUCCACCGCGGCACGGCCUACUCCCUGACCGACGGCAGGCUGGAGCUCCGCCUGCCCCAGCCCCAGCUCAGCAACUACCAGCUGAUGCAGACAGUCAACGCCGCGACCACCCUCGCCCUCGAGGAGAAGAGGAUCCUCGACGAAAUGUCACGCGUCAACAGAGACAACGAGAUAGUUCAAACUCUGAGCGGAUGCUCCCGACCGGAGCGGAGUCUGGCCUUGGUUAGCUUACUAAUAUAUAAGUUGUUCUUUUGAACUAGAGAAAGAGAGAGAGGGAGAACGGAGAGAUAGAAAGAAGGAAAACUUAGGCACGAAUAAUUGUAAAUACAGACAUGUUCUGACAAAAACCGACUUAGAAAAAAAAAUACUCCAAAACAAAUUAAUAUACACCAAAAACAAUAAUCAUCGAAAUCGGUUGGCGUGAUAUUGAGUUAUUCAUCUAUUUGUCGCGCACGUAAUUAAUGCAAAUUUCAGACUUAUAUAGUUUUCUCAUGGAUACCAUUAUCAGAACUGGACUAAAUUGAAAUGGGCCGACAAUGGGGAAGCGUCAGCUUUCUAAUAAAAAUAGAAUCAUCAAAAUCGAUUCACCCAGUCAAAAGGUAUGAGGUAACAAACAUAAAAAAAAAAACAAUCGAAUCAGUCGAAUUGAGAACCUGCUGUUUUUUUGAAGUCGGUUAAAAGGUAACAUUAGCAUUGUACAAUAGGAGGUAUUGUCGCUAGAAGCGAUCGUUUUCAUUCAGAGGAAUUCUGAAGAAGCAGUCAGAAGUAACAGAUUGUAUGGUAUGGUAUUAAUUAGUCGUUGUAGCAUCUAUGUUGGAUUAACAGAGCGGACACAGAGCCCGGUGAAUACAGUAAGGAACCAAUUUAGUUUUUAUUCGUCAAGAAUGACACAAAAACUGACACAUGAUAUCAGUCAGCUUUUUUAAGCGUUUUUGUGUGUUAUAACUGCUAUAAGGCAAAUAAAUAGACAAACUAUAUCUUUAUUAUAGAUACCUACAUUAAUCCUUGAUUAAAAAAUUUUUUUUUAUGGAUACAUUAAUCCUUCAUUAAAGUUUUUUCGCUUUCAACCGACCAAACAUUCGUGUUAACACCGAAGUCAUUUUAAAUACCAAUAAAUUACCAAGCGACAAUUCAUAUAAAUCACUUAAUUCAGUAAGAGAUCAGCGUAACAAUAUUGACUCGUGAGAGGAUGCGCUCGCAUUGUCACAUUUGAACAUACUUGAUUAAUUUUAAAAUAUGUAGGUAGAAAUAAUAUUUAACUGCAUUUACCUGGUUCCUUUUUGUUUAAACAUAUCGACGCUACAAAUUCACUGCCUAUUAUUUUAUAACUAGAGGUCCCGCAGUAGUCGAAAUUCGACUAUAAUUAAUUGGAAUUGUAAGUUUUUUACACUAUUAUGAUUGUAUUUUAUACUUCUAUAAUCACAAACUUCGGGCUACAUUAUAGAAAAAUAUUAAUAAAGACAAACAAUAUUUAGUCUAUUCUCAAUUUGACCACAGACGUCAAGAACAAAAGUUUGACAAUAAAUAGUAUGCAUGCGUGUGUGCGUCAAAUACAUGGUAUGUAGUUAUGUAGUACUAUGUAGUGUGUGUAAUGUUUUCUUUAUUGAUUUAAUGUAUCUUUUAUGCAUUAUUUUUAAAAAAUAUUAGCAUUGUGCACUUCUUCUCUAUAUUCUCUAUAAGUGUGGAAAAUUUCAUACUCGUCCGUCCGCGCAAUUUUCGUAAAAAGAGAUACAAAGUUUUUGCUUCACGUAUUAAUAUAUAGAUACUCAAAUGAAUUCAAACAUAUUAUUGUUGAAAUUCAAGAUAUUUAAACCUGGAAUCAUAAAGAAGAAAAAAAAUUAUAUAAUAUAGUAUUUACCUAUGAAGUAGCCGUUUUACAAUACAGGUCAUUUGUAACUUAACCCUUUGAAUGCGAACCGUCGAUAGAUCGACUCUCUAUUAAUGAGUACAAAGUGUGGAGCGUCGGAAUACCGACUAUUUGCGCAUUUUGAUUAUGGGUACCGACGUCUAGGGACGUGAACUUUAAAACAAAAUUACUUUCUGUUUAUUAUACGGAGAUUUCAUAGAUAAAUAUUUUCUUAAAUGGAUAUAGGUUAUCUAGGUUUAGACAUUAUUUUUUACUUUUACUAUCGUUACGAGAACUGUUCUCGAAAAACUUCAAAAUUAAAUACUACAAUGACGUACACAGCAAACAAAUAUAUUCGCUAAGAUUAGAAUUAAACAAAAUCAACAAUUGCCACUGUUUAUUUUACUUUCACUCUGAAAACAAAUAUAUUUGCAACCAGUAACUAGCGCAACUAAAGGAAAUCAACAAUUCUCACUGUUUAUUUUAUGUCCACUUUCAAAUUAUUGAUAUAAAAAUGGCCAACAUUAAUAGUGACUAAAUAACAUAUAAAUAUGUAACCGUUUUCUAAGAAUAAAGCAAAGAUGGCUGCGUAACACGGUACUGUGGGGCGUUGACCCCGCACGCUGCCUGAGGACUUUUUGGCGGGAACGCGAGGAGUGAAGUUGUGUGAUUUGUUUUAUUUUGUCUAUUUAGUGUUUCUUCGGGUUUAAAUGUGUAAUAAUGGUGUUUUAUUAACUGUUUAAUAUCUGUGAAAGUGCACAAAUGUGGGAAAAUGAAACAAAGCCGCUGGACGUAACUUCUCGGGAUCCUCCAAAAAGUCCACUGAAAAAUCUUAGUAAAUGACCACCAUUUUACUGAGAUUAUAUUUCAUCCCAUAUCAUAUCAUUUCAUUUAAUUUCAUCCCAGUUGAUUAAUGUCUCAAAUUGAUCAUCUUCAUUUCAUUUCACUCCAUAAUAUCAUUUAUCAUAAAAAUAUGAAUAGAAAUUAAAAUAAGACAUGACUUAAAGGUCUCAGGUACCAGGUCAUAAAAUCCCUUAAAUAAUAGCACGCUGCCUGAUUUACACAAAAAUCAAUUCCACAUUUAAAAAAAUAUAGUAUAGUAACUAAAUAUAGGAUGAUACGUGUGACAGUUGUCAAAUUAAGAUUUCUAGGGUUAAGUUCUGUUCGAAAAAUCGAAUAUCUAAUGAUUCGAAAGAAAAAAAGGAAGGCUUUCCAACCUUCGUGCAUGAUACCUCAUUUAUUAUAGCAAACUAUGAAUGACAUAUAUAACUGAAGAAUUCUACCACACGAUGCUGAUUGAUUUCAAACUAUCUUUCUGAUAAAGACUACAAUUAACAUAUAAUUCAGAAAUAUGAUGACAUCCCAAUUAAAUGCGGACAAAGAUUGAUAUAAUUUUUAGUUCGUUUUCAAACUUUCAUAGAUAUUAUUUUCCUAAACUUUAUACAUUAGGCGGACAGCGGACAACGCCUUUGCUUUCGAUUAGGGCUGUGACCCGUCAACUUAGUAAUGCCAAACUAUUGAAUAGUAGCUUGUCAACUAAACAUUGUUUUCCGAUUAUAUUAUUAAAAAAAUACAAUAAAAUACUCAAUUAUACAUCUCUAUUACGUUUAAGACGUGUUUUUUUUUUUGUAAAUGAACCUAAAAAUACUGAAAAUAUAAAUACUCAUUUUUUUUUGUUUGUAUCACCUUAUAUUUUAUGUACUUUAGCGAAUAAACAAAAGCAUUGUAUUA